AAACGUUAACCAUCCGAGCGGGUUAACCGAAACUGAUCUUAUGGGACUUGGCACCCCGUGCGUCAAUUCGGGUGGCAAGUCCCAUGAGAAAACUUUCGACUUAAUGGAGCAGGCCCUUCAGACCCUCCAAGCAGACGAAGUGGCGGCGAUGCGGCAGGGGUAUGCCCUAGACAACGAUCUGAAAAACAUGGAAUCGAAGAUGGAGGACGAAGCGAUGGACACUCACGCGAUGGCGUGGGCAGACUUAGAGGCCAAGCAAACCAUGGAGGGCGAGGCCAUGCACAAGCAGUGGCGUCAGCGCCAGUCCGAUUACGACGAGCUCAAACAGGCUGAGAUGCAGGCUUUAAUCACCAAACAGCAGCAUGCGACCAAUGCCAUUCACGAGAACGAGGUGCUCGACCAAGACUCGAUGGCCAAGCGCCAUGCGUUGGAGCAAACGAUCCUACAGCGCAAUCUGGCCCACGACCAAGAGGUGCGCCGUAGUCAAGCGCAAAUGGCGCGCGAUGUUCUGGCUUCCAAGCAGACUUAUGAAGCCAACUGUCUCGAACUUUUGCACGACCGGCAGCGCCAAAACAUGCGGCACAAGCAGCAGCAAGCGACAGCCGACGGAGUAGCGGCUGACUACAUGUAGUAGGGACUGAAAAGAUGUCAGCUGAGUAAGCGUUGGAGUAGUAAUACUGAAGUAGUAACCUUACUAAUGGAAAGAAGUUGUGAGAUACAAG